UGCCACUCCAUUUCUAUUUACAGUGGUGGUCGAAAUCGUUACCACUCUCUCUCUCUAAAACAUCCCUCUCUUUCUCUCUCUAGAAUAGUCCCGGCCUUCCUCGUCGGCUCCAUUCCGGAACCUACAAAUCGAGGAAUUUCUCGCGUCAAUUCCAAUUCAAACACAAGAACAAACCCGAGAAUUCCUCGCGAUCUCCCCGCCCCUUGAAAACCCUAGAAUUCAUCUCUAGUCCACUUCCAGUCCAAAUUAGCCCCAAUUCACCUAGAUCCGACCCCAAUUCCCCUCUGCGUGGCAGCAGAAUCUGGUCGAGAACAAUCCCAAUUGUUUUACAUUUCAAUUAAUUGGUGUAGAAACCCCGUGAGAGUGGGAUAUGGGCAGGUUCAACAAGGACACAGCGGAGCCCUCAUCAUCACUGGCGGAGACAACGUCGACCUCGAAGACGGAGACGGUUAAUGGCUCACACGAUUUUAAGAUCACCGGGUAUUCGUUGUCGAAGGGAAUUGGGGUUGGGAAGUACAUAGCGUCGGAUACGUUUACGGUUGGCGGGUAUUCGUGGGCAGUUUAUUUCUAUCCUGAUGGAAAGAGCCCGGAGGAUAAUGCUACUUACGUUUCGCUAUUCAUCGCCUUAGCUAGUGAGGGCACCGAUGUUAGGGCACUCUUUGAGCUGACUCUCUUGGAUCAAAGUGGAAGGGAGAGGCAUAAAGUUCAUAGCCAUUUUGGUAGGGCGUUGGAGACGGGACCUUAUACUCUUAGAUACAGAGGGAGCAUGUGGGGUUACAAAAGAUUUUACAAAAGAACUGCUCUUGAAGCAUCCGAUUACCUGAAAAAUGAUUGCCUUCACGUGCAUUGCUGUGUUGGUGUUGUUACGUCGCACACAGAGGGACCUAAGAUCUAUUCGAUUCCAGUUUCCCCAUCAAAUAUUGGCCUGCAUUUCGGGCAGCUGCUAGAAAGCGGAAAAGGGACCGAUGUAAAUUUUGAAGUUGAUGGAGAAGCUUUUUCUGCUCACAAGGUGAUUCUUGCUGCUCGAUCACCUGUCUUCAGAGCUCAAUUAUAUGGUCCAAUGAAGGAUCAAAAUACAGAGUGUAUAAAGAUUGAAGAUGUGGAGCCACCUAUAUUUAAGGCCCUGCUUCAUUGGAUGUACUGGGAUGCACUUCCCGAUUUUGAAGAGCUAACUGGGUUAAACUCAAAAGGGGCCUCGACCUUGAUGUUUCAGCAUAUGCUUGCUGCUGCUGAUCGGUAUGGUUUAGAGAGGUUGAGGUUGCUCUGUGAGGCUAACCUUUGUGAGGAUGUUGCUAUCAAUACUGUUGCAACAACAUUAGCACUUGCAGAACAACACCAUUGUUUCCAGCUGAAAUCAGUCUGUCUCAAAUUUGUCGCUCUUCCUGAAAAUCUUAGAGCGGUCAUACAGACAGAUGGUUUUGACUACCUUAAAGAAAGCUGUCCACAUGUGAUCACCGAGUUAUUGGAGUAUGUUGCCAGGAUCAAUGAACACUCUAUUGCUGUUGGCAGAGUAGGGAUCGAAGGUAUUCUAGACGGAGGUGAUGUCAAUGGCAGACGCGUCAAACAAAGAAUGUAAGAAGUCAGUCGCAAUUGCCUAGUGAUUUCCAAUAGGUGAGUAAGAAAAUACUUUAGAUCCCUCUUUAGGGUUUACUAGAAAUAUAUUUUCUGGCUUCUGGUCGCGUUCAAUACAGGUGUAAAUGAUAUGCUACCCUUUAUUGUAAUCUAUAGAGCAUGAACUCAACGCCCUUUGCCAUAAAAUUGUAAGAUGUGUAUGGUUCGCCUUACUAAACUAAGAACGUACUUCUGUAAUUGAUAUUUUUCCCAACUUUUUUGACACAA